AUGGCUGGAAAAGAUGAUUACCAAGAUUUUAAAGUCGCAUUAAACGAUCUAAAACUGAAUAGCAAACCAUUGAUUAAUUUUUUAACAAUACUUGCAGAAGAAAAAAUGCAUAAUGCACCACAAAUUGUACGCGCUAUUGAAGAACGUAUAAUUGAAACAAAAGGUGAACAUGUUCUACCUACAUUAUAUGUACUCGAUUCAAUAGUGAAAAAUUUACGUUCAUCAGUUUAUGUUCAAUUAUUUGAAACUAAAUUACCAGUACUUUUUUCUAAUGCUUUUCAUAAGGUUGACGAACGUACUCGAUCAUCGAUGUUUAAACUUCGUCAAACAUGGCCACCAUUUUUUACUAAUCUAUCACUGUAUAAUCUUGAUACAAGGACACAUGAUAUCGAUCCGGCAUGGCCGAUCACCGCUCGAGUACCUGAUCCAGCUCCAUUUCUACAAAAUAUUCAUCUUAAUCCAAAUUUCCUUCAAAAAAAUGGAACAUCUUCUAUGGCUUCUACCGACCAACAACCAAUAACUGAUGAUAUAUCUCAACAAAUCUUACGCUUACAACAAGAAGAUCCUGAUUCAAAUACAUUUCGUACACGAACUGUAAUUCAACCUCCCAUAUCAAUCGCACCACCGAAAAUAUCUGAACUUGCAUCACGAGGUGAUACCUAUCAAAUGAUACCAAUUGAACGAAUGGAAAAAAUUCGUCAAGAAACAGCACAUGUACUUGAUAUAGGUGUUGACGGUCAACAACAAUCAAAAAUAAGAAAAUUAUCUGGGAAAAAGAAAAAAACAAAUAAAAAACGUCGACCAUCAGCACGUUUAAGACGCCGUGCUGCCAUACUUGUGCAAGCAAUUUCAAAUAAUGACCAAGAAUUAUCCUCGGAAGACGAUACAGAUGAAGAACCAAAUCCAAUGGAUCAUGAUAAUAAUGAUGACGAUGAUGAUGAUGAACCAUUUAUUAUCAAACAAUCAUUGGCUGCUCUCAACGGAUUUAACAUUAAAUCAAUGAAUAAUAUUACUAACGGGAGAACUGAAAAUGAUGUCGAAGCAUUAUUUGGUGGUACGGAUAAAGAUUAUCGAGCUACGGAUGAUACAACGAAACAAACAACAACUAAUCUUGAUGCCGAUAGUAUAUUUGAAAUAAAUUCAAAAUGUCUUCGACUUGCUGAACAAAAAUAUAAAUCAAAAGAACUAUCACCAGAAGAAUAUCAAGCAACGUUGAAAUUAUUACAAAAUAUACUUGAAAGUGAAGUUAAACGACUUAUUGCGCAACAAAAUGGUGCAAAUCUAUUAAAUGAAACUAAUCAUCAUACGCUAGUAACUCAAACAAAUUCUCUCUCAUCAACUGUAAACACAGCACCAACUCAUCCAUUUCAACAGCAACUUCUUCAAUUUGCUCAACAACAUGCAUUGCAAAUGUCAACGCCGCAACAACAGUCUUCCUUGUCAACAACAUUUUCAAAUUCAUCAUUUCCAUUUUCAGGCUUUGGUAAUGAUGCAUAUCGCCAUGUAAUGCAAAUUUUGGCAACAGUUGGUGCGCCAUCUUCUUAUACAUCGAGUUACAAUUUUUUACCAUAUAUCCCACCAUUACCACCUGCUCCGCCGUCGUUUACACUUGUUCAAAAUGCAUUUCAAUCUCAAACACAACAAUCAUCAGAUCAGCAGAUAUUUUCUGCUUGUCAAAGUCCACCCAUGAAACGACUACAUGAAGCAAGUAAUAGUGGUCAUAAUAACCUUCUCUAUCCUAAUGAAGAUAAUAAACGACUACGCUAUGAUCCAGUUACUGGUCGAGCAGCACGUACACGUAAUUUCGAUGAAGAAAAUGUAGCUCCGGUACCAUCACUUAUUGAUGCAAAUAUUAAUAUGUUAAAAAAAAAAUACAUCGGCAUAGUUCAACAACUGUAUGUUGGAAAAUUUCAAUGCCGUAUAUGUGGUCUUCGUUUUACUGCGAAGCAAAAAAGUUAUUAUACACAUCAUCUUGAUUGGCAUUAUCUAGAAAAUAAACACGAAAAAGAAUUAGGUACACAAACGGCAACAUUAUUACAACGAAGUCGCAUUUGGUAUUCAUCUGUACAAGAAUGGACAAUAUACGAGGAAAAUAUUGAAGAACAAAUACGAACGGGAAAAUUUCUAUCAACACAAUUAAGACCAGUAAAAGAUAAUAAUCAUUUAGUACAUGGUGAAAAUAUCAUAUCAUCAAAUGGUAUUAUUUCUUGUCCAGCAACUGGAAAUGGCGAUGGUGAUGAUGAUCGUUGUUACGUAUGUUAUGAUCCAUUUGAGAACUUUUUUGAUGACAACCGUGAAGAAUGGCAUUUGAAAGAUGCUAUUCGCAUUGAUGGAAAAACUUAUCAUCCAAUUUGUUAUCAAGAUGUUAGACAUGAGACGACCAGUGAGCAAGUACCGACAACUGAUUUAUGUUCUGAUGGUAAUACACCGUCGUCCUCAAAACUCGAUAUGGACGGAAAUAGUAAUCUCUCAUGUGAUACACAAACGAAUGAACCUGGAACAACGAUAAAAACUAAUAAUGACGAGAAUGAAAUUGAAGCUUCAUCGUCACUGGAUGAUUCAGUAGAGCCAAAUUCGACUGCGUCUAUGUCACUUUUUGGUCUUGUUAAAACAAUAUUUGUAAAGAAAGAAGAUAUUAAACCGGUUGAAAAUAUUGAACAAAUACCAAAGGACGAACAAGAAGAAUCAAUAAAGACAGAAGCUGUUUCCGAAGAAAUUCCAUACUUAACUGUCAGACAAGAACCUGAGUCUGAAACUCAAAUUAAUAAGAAUUCAGAAGAAAUAAGAACGAUAUUGAAUUAA